CGCCGCCCGUCCCGCACCCUUCUGGCCUCCUUUUCGUCCUCUCCGUCUCCGGUCCCAGCUCUCCGCCGGCGGCGACUGAAGCGGCAGGAGGGCACCGGCGCUCGCCAGAGGCGAGAUGAGCGGCGGGAGCGCGAGGGACGUGUUCUACGCGGAUAAGUACCACCCGAUCCAGGCCGGCAGCAUCGACGGCACGGACGUCGCGCCCCACGACAACGCCGUCCUCCGCGCCCUCAUCUGCUCCCAGGCCGGCCUCUACGACCCGUUCGGCGACCCCAAGGCCACCGGCGAUCCCUACUGCACGCUCUUCGUCGGCCGCCUCUCGCGCCAGACCGACGACGACACGCUUCGGAAGGAGAUGAGCAGGUAUGGGAGGGUGAAGAGCAUGCGGCUGGUGCGUGACAUUGUUACCGGUGCUUCUCGUGGUUAUGCAUUUGUUGAGUACGAAACUGACAGAGAGAUGCGUCGUGCCUAUCAGGAUGCACACCAUUCCAUUAUUGAUGGCACUGAAGUGAUUGUAGAUUACUACAGGCAACAGCUGAUGCCUGGGUGGAUACCAAGGAGACUAGGAGGGGGGCUUGGAGGAAAGAAAGAAUCUGGACAGCUUCGGUUUGGAGGCCGAGAGAGGCCAUUUCGUGCUCCCUUGCAACCUAUUCCUCAUGAGUCUUAUGACAAACUGAAGAAGCUUGGGAUCCCACCGCCACCUGAAGGGCGGUAUAUGGCACGUUAUCAGGUUCCACCACCACCUAGGCGGAAGAACAGUAAUACUGACAUGGAAGAUUCACCUCCUAGGAGAAGAUCCAAGGACAAGGCUGGUGAUAGUGCUUACAGAAGCCAAAGAAGUUCUACUGAUGAUGAUGAAACCCCUCGCAGGAGGAAAAGCAGCCAUGACGUGCGAGAAGAAUCGCAAAGCCGAAGGAGUGGAAGGUCAUCCAUUACCAGGGAGGACAGCAGUCAAAGGAAGAACACGGGACAUGGUGAUGGUCAUCGUAAGCGGAGACGAAGUCGAGAACCAGGCGAAGUAUCUCCUUCGGAGGAGGAUGGUAGCUACAAAAGAGAGAGAACUUCAACCGAAGCCGGUCACAGCCCAGAUCAGUAUACGCAACACCACCGGCAUCACAGGGAGGGUACAUAUGAGAGCAGCCACUCUCUUCACAGAGACCGCCGGCGCCAUGGUGACUGGCAUCACUCCAAGAGAAGCGAGAGCCGAGAUUACAGCCACUAGGUCUCCAGUUGCCUAAGACUGAUGUUUCAUGAUGUAAAAUUUGAUCUCAUAGCUUUCUAUGUACCUGUAGGCUAUUUUCCUUGGAGGAAAUCGAGAAGAUAUGAAUCACUGUGCGCA